CCACCUCAGGGGGAUAUGGAAGGAAGGCCUGCCCCUGCGGCGGGACGUUAUAAUAAGCUGACACGAGCGGUUACAAAGACCCUGCGCGUCCUGCCGCGGUUGCGUCACGGCCGCGCGUCAGCCGCGCGCCGCCGCAUGCGCCGCCCCACGCGCCGCGCGCCCAGCGCCAGUGCUCGCUCGCCCGCCAUGUCUGCCGCACGCACGCUCGCCGUGGCGCUCGCCGCGCUGCUCGCCGCGCACCUCGCGCUCGCCUCGCCGCACCCGCGCCUGCGCCGCCAGCUCGCCGCCGACGACGCCCUGCAGCCCCUCGACAAACGUACGCGCUGGAGCCCGAGCCCGCCGAGCACAGCGCGCGCCCGCAGCUCGCCGCGCGCGCCCCGCCAGGCCGCUCGGCCCACCGACGACAUCCCGGAGUUCGACCGCAACAAGGUCAGCCUGGACUUCCCGGGGAACCUGUUUGGACCAUCCGUGUCGCUCCUCAUCCGGACCACUAAGAUCAUCGGCGACGUCAUACAGAACUCGGCGGUGCGCUACCAGUCCUUCCUGCGCCUGUUCCGGCCGCUGUUCCGCGGACAGUUCGAGAUCAAGGGGCUCGACCCGCCCACCACCACGACCACCACCACCGCCCGCCCCGCCGCCAGCUCGACCACCAGCCCCGACGGUGACAACGAGAUCUCCCGCAGACGAUAGCCCCCGCCGCGCAGCUCAUGACGAAACUCAUGGUCGCGACUAAACGUGACGAAGUGCCGUGCUAAGACAUUUCACUGUAUCUUUGGAUAUAGUGAUUUGUAGUAAAAAACAUAAAUAAGGUUCUCACAAAUAUAAGGAUUUUUUGAAGUCUUAAAAAUACUGAGAAAUGCAUUAGAAAAUAGAAACUAACUACUUCUAGAAAGCUGUAAAUUUGCAUGAGUAAAUACAUUAAAAAUUUGAACAAGUCUUAAUAUAAAAUCUUAAAAAUGUUUUUUUAGAGUACCUAUCUACCCUACAUGCAAAGUAUGGAUGAAGUUUUUUUACUCGUUUAUUUCAUAGUGUGGGGGAUCGUUGGAUAGGUCUUUGAAAGAUACGAGGAGCCUUCUCAGAACAUUUUUGAUUUAGGGAUCCGUUUGUAAAAUAUUAAGCUUUUAAGAGCUAAUUUUUGUUAGAGUCAAGUGUCCCCACCUUCUACCGGCUAAACGGUUAUUUGUGGAUAUGUAAAAAAAAUCACAAGAGUAGGAUUGAAAUUACAAGUAAAACUAUAUGUAACAGCUAAAUAAACAUAAAUAAUUGCUAUUCUGCUAUUGAUUAUUAUUGAUAGUCCUACUAGUGCUAGGUGAGUGGUUUGUGUUCACUUAUUGCCAGCGCCGUCUGUCAGUUGGCAGUUGGAAAUGUUGCAGUCGAGUCUGUUGUCAAAUAAUAACAUAUUUCUAGUAAAUACACUUAGCGUCAGUGCGAAGGCCUGAAGCUAGGCCAACUUUUUAUACUCCACAUGUGACUUUCAUCACUUUGUAAUGCUCACCUAUACCUAUGUUUAUCCAUUUAUUCUUACUACCAUUUACUUUUAAUUAAGUACACUUAUAGCAUCAUGGCCACCAUUUCACCAGUUUACUGUAAUUAUUGUACACCGUACGUUAGGUGCCUACUGUACUCUUAGUACUAGAUAAGUUACAAUUAGUUUAGUUCAGUUUUAUACCAAUAUUAUAUUGAAAUGAAAGCUAAAAAUUAUUUUAUUUGAAAUGUAAAAUUAUUUUGAAGCUAAUAAUGAAAUACUGAGAACUGAUUAGCAAUAAUAAAAAGCUAUUCUUGUACUAGA